AUGCUGAUACAUUUGGCCUUCAGUCUUUUGUUGCUACUUCGAUGUGGCUUUUCAAUUAGUGAUUUUGACAAGUAUUCUUUCAAUAGAGCGGAAUUGAACCACUACAAAAAACAAGUCAAAGAUCUCUUCUAUUUUGCUCAUGAUAAUUACCUCGAGAAGGCCUACCCAUUCGACGAAUUAAGACCGAUAUCAUGUGUGCCGAAUGUAAGGAAUUUCGAUGAUCCAGAUGAUAUUAUAAAGAAUGACGUGUUAGGGAACUUCUCAGUGACACUGAUAGAUUCUCUAACCACAAUUGCCAUCUUUAACGAUAGAUCAAAGUUUCGACAAGUGGCUGAACUCAUUAAAGAUAGGUUUCCACAGAAAUUUGACUUAGAUUCGACCGUUCAGGUUUUCGAAACUACGAUUAGGGUCGUUGGUGGACUGAUCUCUUCGCAUCUAUAUGCAACAGACCCUUCUAAACAGGUGUAUCUCGGGCCUGAGUAUGACGGCUUUCUAUUAGACUUGGCUCAAGAUAUGGCUGAUCGGUUGUUGCCUGCAUACCUUACAACUACAGGUUUGCCCUUAGCAAGAAUUAAUUUGAAGCAUGGAUUGGUCGGCCUCACUGCAGAUAUGGUCGCAGAGAAUAAUGUUGCGGCCAUGGCGUCCCCCAUGUUUGAGUUCACGAUGCUUUCACACUUGACUAACAAUGAAAAGUAUGGCGCGGUUACAAGGUAUGCGAUGAAUAAGACUUGGGAACUAAAAUCAGAGCUCAAUUUGUUGCCCAUGUCUUUCAAUCCAGAAACGGGACAAUGUUAUUCGCAUUUCACCGGCAUCGGCGCAUCUAUCGACUCAUUUUAUGAGUAUGCUUUAAAAGGCGCUGUGCUUUUCAAUGACGAGCAUCUUCAUGAGAUAUGGCAUGAUUCUUUCGAGGCUCUCAAGAUGUAUUGCAAAGCUGAUUGGUUCUUCGUGAAUGCACAUCCGACAACGGGCCAAAUGUCAGCUCCAUGGGUCGAUUCACUAGGCGCAUUCUUUCCCGGGUUGCAAGUACUAGCAGGCGACGUUGAAGAUGCAAAGUUUAAGAAUAUUAUGUCUCUAAAGCUUUGGGAUACCUUUGGUGGUAUACCAGAGAGAUGGUUAUUUCAAAAAGAAGUUGCUCAAGAUGCAGGACUCUCGCUGGAAGAGAAGAAAGCGUUGAAAGAAAGAGCAAAUGUACCGCUAGAAUGGUACCCCUUGAGACCGGAGUUCGUCGAAUCUACUUACUUCCUGUAUCGCGCAACUAGGGACCCAUUUUACUUAAACAUCGGGGUAGCAGUCCUCGAGAGUUUCCAAACGAGGUUCAAGUAUAAGUGUGGAUUUGGCGGUAUUCAAGAUGUGAUGACAGGCGAAGCGCAAGACCGCAUGGAAACAUUUGUUUUAAGUGAAACGUUAAAAUAUCUGUACCUGCUAUUUGAUGAGGACAACGAAAUUCAUCAUACUAGAGACAAUGUAGUCUUUAGUACUGAGGCACACCCGAUGUGGAUAAGCGCGAGCACCAUGAAAAGCUACUCACAGAACAAGUAUUUUACGGAUCUGCUUUAUCUUCAACAUUUGAAAGCCUGUCGAGAUCUAGACGAUCAGUUGAAAGCAAAGAGUAAUAGGAGGUUUUUUCUUAAGGAAAGACUUCCAGAGUUCGCCAAGACUUUCUUCUCGGAAGACAAGAAGACCGCAAUUCGACAUAGCACCAAGAAAUGGGCCUCAUUUAAGAAAGUGUGUCCCGUCAUUGAAACUGACACCGGUCCAUGGCAAUUCUCUAACGUCUUGAACAAUUUCGAUAGACUUUUCGAAAUUGAUCACAGAUAUAACGAUACCCUGAUAAAACCGCUUUACCUGGCCGCUUCUGAGCCGCUAGAGAUCAACACGCGCUUUUACACACGGUGGGCAAAUCAAUCACAUUGCAACUGUCGUGCACCAGCUACCACAACGUCUUUCGAGCUAAUCAUGGAUAUGCCAGGCCGCGGUCAGUUGGAGCAACUACCAAACGGCAGCAUUACUUCUGACACACUAAGCGGCAGGUGGAAAUUUCGCAUCGAGAAGCUACAGCCGGGACUAGUUGACAUUUACGGCCAAGAGAUCACCAGCGCAAUCUUCGAAACUGCAGAUUGCAAGAAUUUAUUCAAACCGAGCUUACAAACCGGCCUCUACUCGCCAACGCUUCUCUACAGAAUCACCGCACUCAACGGCAUGCAAUUACCAAGCGAUGGUCAAGUAGUUCUGAACCGCACAAGAUUGCUUGAGGUCCCAGAGAACGCAAACGUCCUGCGCCAAUUGUUUGGUUACACACCUCAUCACCAACUGAUGUUCGAGUCCACCCCGAUCAUAAACCUAUACCUAGCUUAA